AUGAAUCUACCAUCUAAUGAUGAUAUUCAAUUGUCUAAUCCUCCUAUUCACAAUGAUACUCAAUCAUCUAAUCCUAUACAUAGUGAUACUCAAUUUGAUAUUCGAUUGUCUAAUUUUAUUUAUAAAACUUCAGAACUUUUAAACCAUAGUAAUAAUAAUAAUGUAAUUGUAAUCAGUGAUGAUGAGGAAAAUGAUUCUGAAUAUAAUUCUAAUCGACAAGAAAAGGGUAAACAGGUUAAACGGGAUAUAAUUGAUGAUAUGAAUUCAAAUCUUUCAUUGGCUUAUAAUAAUACUAUAGAUUUAGAUGACGAAGAUUUUACACCAAGUGAAGACAAUAAUAUAGCUAAAGAUUUAUCCCCUAUACCAUCAAGUUCAUUAUUUGAAAAUUAUUCUCGUGCAAAGGCAAUAUAG